GGCGGGGAGGGGGCGUGACCAUAAGCAGUGACGCGACCUUGCGUCAUGUCCGUUGUCAGGUGGCGGAGUCGGAAAGCCCGAGUUGGCUGGGACAAGCCAAGGCGGACGGUGGCCGGCGGGGCCGGGCCCGGAGGCGGCGGCGAUGGAGCUCAGGAUGAAGCGGCGGGCGUCUGACAGAGGAGGUGGGGAAACAUCUGCCAAGGCUCUCUGCACCGGGAUUUCCAGCAACAAUGCCAAGCGGGCUGGGCCUUUCAUUCUUGGGCCUCGCUUGGGCAACUCCCCAGUGCCUAGCAUCGUCCAGUGUUUGGCAAGAAAAGAUGGGACGGAUGACUUUUACCAGCUCAAGAUUCUCACCUUGGAGGACAGGAACGACAAAGGCACAGAAACCCAGGAGGAACGUCAAGGCAAGAUGCUGCUCCAUACGGAGUACUCGCUUCUCUCCCUCCUGCACAACCAAGAUGGGGUAGUCCACCACCAUGGCCUUUUCCAGGACCGAGCCUGCGAGCUGGUGGAAGACCUGGAAUCCAACCGGAUGGUUCGCAAGAUGAAGAAGCGUAUCUGUCUGGUACUGGACUGCCUCUGCGCUCAUGACUUUAGUGACAAGACGGCCGACCUCAUCAACCUCCAGCACUAUGUCAUCAAGGAGAAACGUCUCAGUGAGCGGGAGACAGUGGUCAUCUUCUAUGACGUUGUGCGGGUGGUGGAAGCCUUGCAUAAGAAGAACAUUGUGCACAGAGACUUGAAGCUGGGCAACAUGGUGCUGAACAAAAGGACCCACCGAAUCACCAUCACAAACUUCUGCCUCGGCAAGCACUUAGUGAGCGAGGACGAUCUCCUGAAGGACCAGCGUGGGAGCCCAGCCUAUAUUAGUCCUGAUGUUCUCAGUGGUCGGCCCUAUCGUGGGAAGCCCAGUGACAUGUGGGCCCUGGGCGUAGUCCUUUUCACCAUGCUGUACGGGCAGUUUCCCUUCUACGACAGUAUCCCUCAGGAGCUCUUCCGCAAGAUCAAGGCUGCCGAAUACACCAUCCCAGAAGAUGGGCGGGUGUCGGAAAACACUGUCUGCUUGAUCCGGAAGCUCCUGGUCUUGGAUCCUCAGCAGCGCCUGACGGCAUCCGAGGUGCUCGAUUCCCUCAGUUCCAUCAUUGCCUCGUGGCAGUCCAUGUCUUUGCUGAGCGGGCCUUUGCAGGUGGUGCCGGACAUCGAUGACCAGGUGGCAAAUCCAGAAAGCGCCCAUGAGGCUAAGGUGACCGAAGAGUGCUCUCAGUACGAGUUUGAGAACUACAUGAGGCAGCAGCUGAUGCUGGCUGAGGAGAAGAACACGUUCCAUGAGGCCAAGAGCUUCCUCCAAAAGCGGCAGUUUGGAAAUAUCCCACCAGUGCGCCGCCUGGGCCACGAUGCCCAGCCCAUGAACCCCCUCGACGCAGCCAUCCUGGCGCAGCGCUAUCUGCGGAAGUAGCUCCUCAGCCGCGCAAGGGUUGUCCACCACCCGUCUGACGUAGCACAACAGCCGUGUGCUGGGAAAUCACCAAUAAUGUAGCAAGUCUUCCUCUGCUUUCCGAGUGCUGGCAGGGCAAGGCAAAAGGCCCGCCUGGGAGGGGCGGCUGACUCGGACUUUGAGUCCAGGCCUAGACGGCUGAUCUGCUUUUUAAACGUGACUCUGAAAUCUACCUCUGUCUUUUUUUAACCACACUGUUCUCUGGACUGGACUGAGCAGGAGCGUGUUUUGGCAAAGGGUGCCAGAGUGGACUUAUUUUCUGACGCAAACGUUGGACUGCAGAGACCAAUGUGGGGUUGCAUCUCUGCUCCGUAUGGUUUGAAUAAGCUUAAUCAUUUCCCCACCCCUUCCCU